GCACCGCCUUUCCGUUCCUUCUCCGUGUUGUUCAUUUCUGGCGCCCCUCCCCCAACGCUCUUUCCGAGCCUGGUCACGUGACCAGGCCUCUCUGCUCAUCCUCUGCGCUGACGCUGCUGGAGGCAGCACUUCCUGCCUGUGCUGCCGGGCUGGUCAACAUUUUGGCGACCCAUCCGGGAACCAGAGAAGCCCCCUGACAGCUCCUGGGCUGCUGAGCAAAGAGGUGCGGUGCCCACCUUGAGCGCGUGGUCACUGCUUUUCUCACCGACCCUGGAUUUUGAAGAACCCUGCCGUCUCCAUGACAACAAGCCCAUGUUAGCCUGCUGGAGGAUGAGAUACUUCAGGGAGUAGAACCAAGGUGCCCAGUCAACAGCCAGCUCCUCACCAGAAGCAGAGCCCCCUAAUCAACCUGCAGCUGACCACACAUGCAUGAAGGAGCCCAGCUGAGACCAGAAGAAUUGUCUCGCUGAGCCCAGCCUGAGCUAGACACAAACUUCCUUAACAAUUUGGGAAGGAGCAACCUGGGGCCUAGAGGAAGGAUUCUGGCAAGAGAACUAAUUUCAGGUAGGGUACCUUGCAGGUAACCAUCACCGAGCUUCUGCUUAAGCCCCCAGAAGCCUAGGCCCGCUCCCAGCACUAACCCCGCCCCUACCCGGGACCGCCUCAACACGUGCGGCGUGCCUGCACUGCGCAUGCCCGCGGGGAAGGGGCGGGGCGAGCCGAACCCUAGCAGGACCUGCGUGGGGAAGAUCAUGGCCAUGCUGUGUCGGCUGCGAGAGGUGCCCCGGCACUUGCUGGUCUGCGAAAAGUCCAACUUCGGCCACGAGAAGUCGCGCCACCGGCACCUCGUGGAGACGCACUAUCACAACUACAGGGUUUCCUUUCUGAUUCCUGAAUGUGGGAUACUAUCAAAAGAGCUGAAGGACCUGGUCAUGGACUCUGGACCCUAUUACUUUGUGAAGGAUUUACCUCUUCAUGAGUUAAUCGCACACGAAUUCAUCAAUACUUUUGUCAAGAAAGGUGCGUGCUAUGCACUAACGUACAACACAAAUAUUGACGAGGAUAAUACUGUGGCCCUGCUACCAAACGGGAAAUUAAUUUUAUCACUGGAUAAAGACACUUAUGAAGAAACUGGACUUCAAGGUCGUCCAUCUCAGUAUUCUGGCAGGAAGACCAUGAAGUUUAUUGUUUCCAUUGAUUUGAUGGAUUUAUCCUCUAAACUGGACUCUAAGAAGUAUAAAAGAAUAUCUUGGGCUUUCAAAGAAAAGAAACCAUUGAAAUUUGAUUUUCUUUUGGCGUGGCAUCAAACAGGUGCAGAAGGAUCAACGAUGAUGUCAUACUUUUCCAAUUACCGGAUUCAGGAGCGGCAGCCAAAAAUAGCGCUGAGCACGGUGACAGAUCUGCCGUGCCCCGUGCUGCGGAGCGGCGAGCUCAGGGGCGAGCCGGAGGCGGCCUGCAGCGCCCAGGAGCUCUUCGAGUGGCUGGGCGCCGUCUUCAGUAACGCCGAGCUAAAUAAUGAGCCUGAUAAUUUCAUAUCAACCUACUGCUGUCCCCAGCCAAGCACAGUGGUGGCGAGAGCGAGCUUGUGUACAAUCACUGGUUUCAUCCUUCCAGAGAAGAUACGUCUUCUGUUGGAACAGCUGUGUCGCUACUUUGACGAACCAAAGUUGGCCCCGUGGGUGACGUUGUCGGUUCAAGGCUUUGCAGACAGCCCUGUUUCCUGGAGAGAAAACGAACACGGUUUUCGAAAAGGAGGAGAACAUUUAUACAACUUUGUGGUUUUUAGUAAUCGGGACUACUGGCUUCAGUUGGCUGUUGGGGCAAAUGAUGACUGUCCACCAUGACAAGCACAGAGUUUAAAGUCGUGUUUGUUUAUGUUUAUGCUCGUUUUCCGUAUUUCUCGGCAGUAUAAGGACUGUGUGUUCACUCAGACUUGGGUGAUGAGGACAUUUCUCAGAUCGGCGUCUGUUAGCAUCUGCCCUGGACUCGGGCCCAUCCUGUGACAGGCUUGCCGUCAGGUGGAAGCUCAUAGCUGAUUUCUCCCUGUCACUAUGAGCCCAGGGCGUGGGCUACUGCGUCGUAACUUGGGCCACGAUGGCCAGGGACUGGGGGUUAUGGGACUACUGGGUAAGAUGUGUGCUGUGAUUGUGAGUUUCUCACAUCAUAAUAACAAGAAAUCCUUAACAUCAUA